UGCAGAUCGGGGCAGCCCCAGAGCGCUAGGCCGUCGCGCCGGAGCGACUGAUCAGUGUGGAGGAAAGCGCGCAUCCAUCAUUGAUCGCCGCGCUCGCGUGCGGUUGGCUGCUCAUUACUGUGGCUGCUCACACUGCCUGCCAUGGCCUCGCCUCGAGCACGGCUCCCGCCCGACGGGCUGUCGUCCCAUCAUCUUUCCAAAUCCAGCCGACGGAGGAGCGAUGCAGAAGAGAGCCGCGCGACUGCUCGAACCCUCCUGCUGAAGGGGCACAGCGACCCCGUGUCGUGCUUGGCGGCGCUCGACGGCGGCCGGCUGGCAUCCGGCAGCUGGGACAAUUCCGUCGUCAUCUGGAGCCAAGACGGCACGCAACUCGCCAAGCUCGAGGGGCACAGGCGCGCUGUCUGGAGCCUGGCCGCGCUCGACGCCGGUCGGCUGGCGUCCGGCAGCUGGGAUAACUCCGUCAUCAUCUGGAGCCUUGAAGACGGCAAACAGGUCGCCAAGCUCGAGGGCCACACGCGCCCCGUCUGGAGCCUGGUGGCGCUCGACGGCGGACGGCUCGCGUCCGGGGGCGGCGACGCUUCCAUCAUCAUCUGGAAUCUUGCGGACGGCACACAGCUCACGAAACUCGAGGGGCACACGAGCUAUGUCCAAUGCCUGGCCGUGCUCGACGGCGAGCGACUCGCAUCUGGGAGCCGAGACAGAUCCAUCAUCGUCUGGAGCCUCGCGGACGGCACGCGGUUAUCCACGCUCGAGGGGCACACCAGCGCGGUCCUGAGCCUGACCGUGCUUGCCGAUGGCCGGCUGGCGUCAGGGAGCGGAGACAGCUCAAUCAUCCUCUGGAAUCCCGCGGACGGUGCGCAGCUCGCCACGCUCGAGGGGCACACGGGCUCGGUCCAAUGCCUGACCACGUUUGACGGCGACCGGCUCGCGUCCGGUGGCGAUGAUACCUCAAUCAUUAUCUGGAAUCUUGCGGACGGCAGAAAGAUCGCCAAAUUCGAGGGACACACGGCCAUGGUCCGAUGCCUAGCUACGCUCGACGGCGCGGCGCUCGCAUCAGGUGGAAGCGACGAGACGAUAAGAAUUCGCCCGGUGCUUCACCCGGCCGCGUACAGGUUCAACGCCUGCGCCUCGGCCGAGUACAGGGCGUUCGAGUUCGAGGACGUCGCUCGCUCGUGUCGCAAGGAGGGCUGCCUCGGCGACCUGUUCGAAGCCGCCGCCGUGCAGCAGUUCGACGAACACAUUGGUGGCUUGAGUGCGUCUGCCUCCAUCGCCAGACAGGCCCACGUCUUCGACGCGCUCGCCAAGGUGGCAAAGGAAGACGCCGGAUUUCGGUCGCAAAUGAUCGACAGCCUCGCGCCGAGCGUCCUCGCGCUCGUCCGCGACGACGCGUUGCUGCCCGACAUGUAUCGCCGCGGUGUGUCGAACGCCGCCAUCCAGGAGCUCGCACCGAGUCCGCUAUUCCGCGUCGUGCUGGACGCCAAGUUCGCCGCCGGGCCGAAGUUUGUGCUUUACUUCGAACUUCUUAUCUUUAUUGUGCUCGGGUUAUGCUUUACGCGCGUCGCUCCGUACCAAGUGUUUGCUCGGGGGGAGAAGUGGUUUCCCUCGGAAAACAUUGUCGAGAUUGUUUUCGCGUUUGUGGUGCUGGCUUAUUUCUCGGUGCGCGAGAUCUACCAAAUGGCAUUUACGCGCGCCAUCGAGCUGGAGUCGUCUGAGGAACAGCUCGACGACGCAGAAGGCCUCGCUGCGUACCUGGCGGAUGCGAUCGUGGUCCCGCUGCAUCUCAUUGCCUGUUACUGUGUGGAAAUCCAUCGAGCAGAUGCAGUUACGAGGACGACGUCGCGUCGAUGGCGUGGGGCGUCCGAAAUUUGAUUUCCACGCAGGCCUGCUGCGCUGGGAAACGCGACGAAUUCGAGGACUGGUCCGAAAAGGCCAUCCGAGAACCCAUCAGAUACGACGCUUUGACCUUCCUUGGCCUGUCGCGGGCGUGGCGCUAUGACUACUGGAACUGGAUAGACCUGGCGACGAUCGGCUGCGCGUGGGCCGCCUUUUCGCGCGCGGCGAUGCCUGGGGCGCGGCUCAGUCCCGACCUAGCCGUCGCCACUUCGAUGCUGAUGUGGGUCCGAUUCUGCUGGUACCUCAAGAACAUGCGGCUCGGCUGGGCCAAGUUUGUACUCAUGUUCGAAGACAUUGUUUGGGACCUUCGCUAUUAUUUAUUCUACUUUCUCGUGGUUCUCCUGAUGUUCGCGAGCGCGUUCUAUUUGUACCUCGGCCCGCGCAAGAGCGACGAGUUUGGAUUUCACGACGGGCACAACGCGUUCCGGACCUUCCCCUAUACGGUAUACAACUUGAUACUGCUGGGCUUCGUCGGUGAUUUCGACCCGGACAAUUUCGACGAGGUCGCUGUGCGCGUCCUACUAGUAUUCUUCAUCCUGGUCGUAAUGGUCGUGUUCGUAGCCCGUGUAGAAAUCAAAUUUCGCGAUGCCCCACCAGCCUAUUGCACACGAUGCCCCACCAGCCUAUUGCACACAGGUUUCUGAACGUCUUGAUAGCAAUCGUCUCCGAUAGCUACGAUCUCUCGAUGGCGAAGGCCGAGGGCCUCUUCUUGCGCAGCCGGUGCGAGCUCAUCACGGAGACGGCACUGAUCGCGUCCCUUCUACCGACGCGGUGCCUGCCGACGCAUGACGAAGCGACGAUCAAGGCGAGCCUCGCGCUUGCGCUCCGCAGAGCGACCAGACAAGCCGACGACGACCCGAACCGUCUGAAUUACACGAUCAACGCCGUCGCUGCGAUUGUCGACAACCGAACGCAGAAGCUGGAGGCCGAGCUCGCAGCGACGCGGCGCGAACUCUCCGAGAUGAAGGCCAUGCUCCAACUCCUCGUCGACAAGGGAGAAGAGCGCCACGGCCUCCUUCGGAGGCUCAUAGACUAAUGAAUCAUUAGCCUGGGAGGGGUACGA